AUCCUCGGGCCUGUUUACAUUCGCUGGGAUCGUUUGGCUAAAUCUUUGUGAGGAUAAAUGGAAAACGAGGAAUUUGAAUCGGCUGGAUGGUGUUCCCGUCUCAUCUCUUUGCCGUGAUGGGAUCUGUGACGUUCAGCUCCACCGCGCGACACGAUCCUCUCGUUUUUAUCGUCUUAUUGUUGAACCAGCGCGUGAAACUGACGUCAAUUAUCGGCCAACGGUGAAGCAAGUGGAGAGAAAAAUGCUGCACGGCUCAAACAUUCUGGGGCACGAGAAGCCGCUGGUCAUCAGUAUUUCAUUCACCUCGUGUGUGAUAGGAACUGUGUGCCUGCCUUUGUUCGGACUAAUAACCUGCGUGGCCAUUUCCUCUCUUUUUCAUUUUGAAGAUGCUACUGGUACACAUUGUCAGGUUCCUAAUUACUUGCCGUCCAUUAGUGCCUCUAUCAGCUUGAGUCCUGAGUGCUACAUAUGGCGGUUCUGCAUCGGACUUCACUCUGCACCGAGGCUUCUGGUAGCCUUCACCUACUUCAGAUUUUACAAGAGUCGCUUCACUUCCAGGUUUCCAGAGAGUCCGCUCAGCUGCUUGAGCCUGGUGUUUUCAUUUUUUGAGAACCUUGGCCUCCUGCUCCUCACAUACGUGUCGUCCACUGAGACGUACCUUGUGCACAAGGAAGGUUUCGUCCUGUUUAUUAUCAGCUCCAUUGUCUACAUGCUGAUAACAUGCUGUCUGUGGAAGGCAAUUAAAAAGUAUUCAUUAAGUCCUGAGGAUGUCAAGUCUCACCACUGGAAAGUGCGUUUUUUACUUCUCAAUGUGUGCUUCUGCUUUUUUGCUGGAUUCUUUUACUGGAAACACAACAUGUACUGUGAAUCAGGAAGUUACACGUUUUUCGCGCUGUUUGAGUACCUUGUGGUCUUCUCCAACAUGGCUUUCCAUCUGACAGCUGUGUGGGACUUUAAGAGCCGUCAGAUUGUGAUCAUUUCAUCUGCUGAGGAUAAAGACUUCUGACUAGAAAGUCAGAGACUGAGCAGUAAAUGUGGAGUCCGUCAGCCGUCUGAGGAUAACAUCAGUGCCCACACAGAAGAAGACUGGGAUGGCCUUUUUCACAUAUUUUCAUGACAGGAAUUCUAAAGUGUUUGGAAGCUGUUGAUGUCACUCUCAUAUAUUUUCAUGGCAUCUGGAAGUAUGCUGCCUCAGUGUCAUAUUUGUGGAUGCCUUCACCUACAAAGCGUAUUAAGUUUUGUAAAAUACAGACUCUUACAUAUCGCACAGCUACUAUGUGGACAGCCAAUGUGUGCGUGUUAAUCUGAAGUUUGAUUUCUUCAAGUUUGUCAGAUUUUUACUUUCAAAUGUGAAGGUGCAGUUGGCACAUGUCUUUAAGUGUUCUUAAUUAACAUCAUGAAUAAUACCUUGACCUAAAAGCCAUUACUUCUCAGACUUUAUUUUGCACAAGUCAUAAUUUUUUUGCAGUUACUUUUAUCUGAGGCUUGACUGGCAUAGUAGCCAACACAUUUGUUUUUUGUUUUCGUUUUUAAACAAACAAAACUGUUCAAUGUCAUAGCACUCUCUCGUGGAAAAUCAUUUGAAUGGUUAUAUUUAUUACUUUGAUAAUCCACGCCAUUAAACUUGGUUUGUCAAGUUUUAUUUAAAAGUUAAUUUUGUAAUUACUUUAUUAUUAGCAUAUCGAUGUAUUUUAUUUAAAACAGUUUAAAUACUGUCAAUGUGGGUUUAAUAUUUAAAGUAUUAAAAAUAUUUUCUUUCCAUAUU